CAGCCUUUGCUCUGGGGGUUAAUCUUAAAUUAGGGAUAAGGUUGUGUGCCUUUUUCUGCGGCCUCGCAGGGGUGCGUCGCGGCUGCGCUUUAACGGUACAGAUGUUUUUUUUUGGCUUUUUAUUUUUCACCAGCUGUUGCAUCAUCAGUCAGAAGAGAAAUGGAGGAGGAAGAAUCCAAAGAGAAAAAGAGGGUCCUUCCCCAGUGGAUGACGGACGCCAAAAGCGAUUCAAACAGAGCGAGGGACUUAAAGAGGAAGAAAGUGAUAUCACCCAGGAAACAGCCCGUGUACUGUAUGAAUGAAAUGGAGCUGGUCGCGUGCGCUUUGGAGAUAAUAAAUCAGGGUAAAAGGUUUGUGGAUACGGAAGAGGUGGGUUUAGAUGAGCAGAGUGACGAUCUGCCAGCCGGUACACCCGCGGGCACCAGUAGCACCUACAUUCCCCCACCAACCAACAAAGAAAACCCCCGAUCACCCAUCAAAGGCUUUAGAAAACCAACGGCAGGAGUGCGUUCAGAUGAUGAUGAUGACGACCCUUUAAAAUUUGUUCGAGAGAUUUUUUUCAGCUGAUAUUAAGCGAUUACUGAAGUUGAAGACAAAUGGACGCUUAUCAUUUUUAAAGACCACUCGGAUUUUUAUUUGCACAACCAGAAAAGAUCAUGAACGAUGUCAGCAAUAUAAAAAUCAGUUUCAAAAUAAAUAACUAUUUUUAUAGCAACAUGGGUUUAAUACAGAGUGUAUUAGUACAUGAGUUAAAAAAAAAAACAUUUAUCAAAAUUCUGUUAACCUUUCUUUUUUAAGUUUAAUUCAGUUGCUCCAGUUAAAUAAAUGCCGUUUUAUAGCA